AAAAGAUGUGCCUCGUGCUAGUCAAUGGCUUGCACAUGGAGGAUGUUUUGUAGAUCGUGUUAAAUCGCAGGGUCGUAUCCCAUCACUCUGUCCUCUGUUACAUAGCUGCUAGCUAAAGUUCUCUUUGCACUCUAGUGUCUUUUGGGUCGGUUGAAGGGCUCCGGAGCAGGAAUCCAGACACUACACAAUGGCAGCAAUUCUCCUCAGGUCUCUCGUGAAUAAGAAGGUGCCCCUCCAGCUGGGACGCCUUUGUUACUCCUCCUCCUCAGUGCCCACCACCAAGCUGUUCAUUGAUGGCAAAUUUGUUGAGUCCAACAGCUCGGAAUGGCUCGACAUACACAACCCUGCCACUAAUGAGGUGGUGGGACGUGUCCCCAAAGCUACCCAGCUGGAGAUGCUGGCAGCUGUGGACUCCUGCUCCAGAGCCUAUCAGUCCUGGUCCGAGACCUCCAUCCUCAGCAGGCAGCAGAUCUUCCUGCGCUACCAGCAGCUCAUCAAGGAUAACAUUAAAGAACUGGCAAAGAUGAUCACCUUGGAGCAAGGCAAAACGCUUGCUGAUGCAGAGGGAGAUGUAUUUAGAGGACUUCAGGUGGUUGAGCACACCUGCAGCAUCACGUCCCUCAUGCUGGGCGAGACAUUGCCUUCCAUCACAAAGGACAUGGACACUUACACCUACCGCCUGCCCAUCGGAGUGUGCGCAGGCAUCGCCCCUUUUAACUUCCCUGCCAUGAUUCCAAUGUGGAUGUUCCCCAUGGGCAUGGUAUGCGGCAACACAUAUCUGAUGAAGCCCUCUGAACGUGUACCAGGGUGCACCAUGCUCCUCGCCCAAUUGCUCCAGGACGCCGGAGCACCAGAUGGUACACUCAACAUUAUCCACGGCCAGCAUGCAGCGGUGGACUUCAUCUGUGACCACCCGGCCAUCAAAGCCAUCAGCUUUGUGGGCUCCAACCCGGCUGGAGAGCACAUCUACGAGAGGGGAUCCAAGAAUGGCAAGAGAGUGCAGUCCAAUAUGGGUGCCAAGAACCACGGAGUGGUGAUGCCUGAUGCCAACAAAGAGAACACCAUCAACCAGCUGGUGGGUGCUGCCUUUGGAGCAGCCGGCCAGCGCUGCAUGGCUCUCUCCACUGCUAUUUUUGUUGGGGAGUCUCGUGAUUGGCUCCCAGAGCUGGUAGAGCGCUCCAAAUCACUGCGAGUCAAUGCAGGUGAUCAGCCGGGGGCAGAUGUUGGUCCCCUGAUCUCCCCUGAAGCCAAAGCCAGAGUGGAGUCUUUGAUCCAGAGCGGGGUGGACGAGGGUGCCAAGGUGCUGCUGGACGGGAGAAAUGUCAACGUCAAAGGAUAUGAAAAUGGAAACUUUGUAGGACCCACCAUCCUGAGCGGUGUCACGCCGAGCAUGAAGUGUUACAGAGAGGAGAUAUUUGGACCGGUGCUUGUUGUCCUUGAGGCUGGUGAUCUCGACGAAGCGAUUUCUUUAAUCAACAAUAACCCCUACGGCAACGGCACCGCCAUUUUCACCACCAAUGGAGCCACAGCGCGCAAAUACACACAUGAGGUGGAUGUUGGCCAGAUCGGCGUGAACGUGCCAAUCCCUGUCCCCCUCCCCAUGUUCUCCUUCACUGGCUCCAGAGGCUCCUUCAGAGGAGACACCAACUUCUAUGGCAAGCAGGGCAUCCAGUUCUACACCCAGAUCAAGACUGUGACAUCACAGUGGAAGGCUGAGGACGCCACUGUGACGAGCCCAGCUGUAACCAUGCCAACUAUGGGACGCUAAGUUAAAACGGCACAUCCAGCGUAACCUUCAGUGACUUCUCAUAUGCCUUAAGAAGAAGCCCAUGGAGGAAAUUGGAAAAAAGAGGUUACCUUUUCUGGGAAAUGUUCACACUGGGUUAAAGUUGGUGAUUGUUUUAACUUUGGCCCUCCUGGACAAUGUUGUUGCACAAACACACAAAUGCAAAUUAUGUUUGGAGAUAUGGUAGAGCAAUGUAAUGAAUGGGGCUGUUAGUCUUUUUAUUGGUUUGCUGUAUUUUCUAUUUGUUUUCUCCUGUUAAUGUCCUGUCCUGACUGCCCAUGAAUAAGUCAGUCAACACAAUAAUGUCCGCUGUAUACUCUGGUGUCACAUCUCUUCUGUCUAUCUCUACUGUAGAAAUCAAAAGGAUCAAGGAUUCUGCCUUUGAAGCAGUGAUCGCACGUGUCUUCCAUUAUCCUUUGUGGUUCUUUAGCUUGUUCUGUUUAUCAGAGCAUUAUAUAGAUACUUGAAAAGUAGAUAUAAAUGGAGCAAAUGCUACAUUAGAACACAAGCACUCCCAGUCUGUUACUCAGUUAAAUCUGAAAUAAUGGUUGCAGAUGUUGUCCUGCUAAAUGUCUGUCGACUUUCCACUGUGGGUACUAUCGUGUGUUUUGUGUGUUUGAUAGAGGUUUAUGGUUUUGUACUGUGUUGGACACCUUCUUUCUGAUCAUGAAUGAUAUAAAAGUUAAAUUGCAGUGUUUUAAAUUACAUGGAAUGAUGAUGUUCUCUGUAAACUAUUAUAACUGUAUUUGCAAGUAUUUUAGCUACUUCAAACUUGGCACCCUUGACUUCCACUGAGGUCGUUGCAGAAAAUUAAGAGAUGGCACACAAGGGCUUUUGAGUCUGCAGUUCAGUUUUUGAAUAAAGCCACCAUCAUUUGACUAAA